ACGUCGGAGGAGGGAGCUGGCCAGUGCUGAGGGGGCGCGGCGCGGAGGGGCGCGGAGCCGGGAGGCUCGCGGGCCCAAAGCGCGCGGCGGCCGGGAGCCCGCCGGCCCCUGACAGCCCCGUCGCCCCGGUGGACGACGACGAGGACGACUACGAGGGCGCGAGUCAUGGAGGAGCAGCGAAGCCUGCGGGGGCCCUGAGCGCCGCCGCAUGGAGCUGGAGCGGGACGAACGACCGCUUAGCGGAGGGGGAGGCGGCGGGGGCUCGGCGGGGUUCCUGGAGCCGCCCGCCGCGCUCCCUCCGCCGCCGCGCAACGGUUUCUGUCAGGAUGAAUUGGGAAAACUUGAUCCAGGCACUAAUGGGGAGACUGACAGUUUAACACUUGGCCAAGGUCACACACCUGUUUCUGUUCCAGAUGAUCGAGCUGAACAACGAACCUGUCUUAUCUGUGGAGAUCGUGCUACGGGCUUGCAUUAUGGGAUCAUCUCCUGUGAGGGCUGCAAAGGUUUUUUCAAGAGGAGUAUUUGCAACAAACGUGUGUAUCGGUGCAGUCGUGACAAGAAUUGUGUCAUGUCCCGGAAACAGAGGAACAGGUGCCAGUACUGCCGCCUGCUCAAGUGUCUCCAGAUGGGCAUGAAUAGGAAGGCUAUCAGAGAAGAUGGCAUGCCUGGAGGCCGGAAUAAGAGCAUUGGGCCAGUGCAGAUAUCAGAAGAAGAGAUUGAAAGAAUCAUGUCUGGACAAGAGUUUGAAGAAGAAGCCAAUCACUGGAGCAACCAUGGUGACAGCGACUAUAGUUCACCUGGGAACAGGGUAUCAGAGAGCAACCAGCCCUCACCAGUUUCCACACUGUCAUCCAGUAGGUCUGUGGAACUAAAUGGAUUCAUGACAUUCAGGGAUCAGUACAUGGGGAUGUCAGCACCUCCACAUUAUCAGUACAUACCACACCUUUUUAGCUAUUCUGGACACUCACCACUUCUGCCCCCACAAGCUCGAAGCCUGGACCCUCAGUCCUACAGUCUGAUUCAUCAGCUAAUGUCAGCAGAAGACCUGGAGCCAUUGGGCACACCCAUGUUGAUUGAAGAUGGAUAUGCUGUGACACAAGCAGAGCUAUUUGCUCUGCUUUGCCGCCUGGCCGACGAGUUACUCUUUAGGCAGAUUGCCUGGAUCAAGAAGCUGCCUUUCUUCUGUGAGCUCUCAAUCAAGGAUUACACGUGCCUCUUGAGCUCUACAUGGCAGGAGUUGAUCCUGCUCUCGUCCCUCACUGUUUAUAGCAAGCAAAUCUUUGGGGAGCUGGCUGAUGUCACUGCCAAGUACUCACCCUCUGAUGAAGAGCUACACAGAUUUAGUGAUGAAGGAAUGGAGGUAAUUGAACGGCUCAUCUACCUAUAUCACAAGUUCCAUCAACUAAAGGUCAGCAAUGAGGAGUAUGCAUGCAUGAAAGCAAUUAACUUCCUGAAUCAAGAUACUAGGGGUCUGACCAGUGCCUCACAGCUGGAACAGUUAAAUAAGCGGUAUUGGUACAUUUGUCAGGAUUUCACUGAAUAUAAAUACACACAUCAGCCAAACCGCUUUCCUGACCUUAUGAUGUGCUUGCCAGAGAUCCGAUACAUUGCAGGAAAGAUGGUGAAUGUGCCCCUGGAGCAGCUGCCUCUCCUCUUUAAAGUGGUGCUGCAUUCCUGCAAGACAAGUGCAGUGAAAGAGUGACCUGUCCACUGCGCUGCCUCAGGUGCUGGUAGUGCCUUGGGUGAGCAGGAUAGGCUCCAGAGAAAAGAGCCAGAGAGACCAAGAUGGAAACUGGGGGCAGCUCCCUCAAUCACAAGAAGAAUUUGUUUGUCUGUUUUUAACCUCAUUUUUCUAUAUAUUUAUUUCACGACAGAGUUGAAUGUAUGGCCUUCAACAUGAUGCACAUGCUUUUGUGUGAAUGCAGCAGAUGCAUUUCCUUGCAGUUUACAGAAUGUGAAAAUGUUUAAUGUUACCGUGUUGUCAUUGUUUAGAGAUAGUUCUUUUGUAUUUUGAGGGAGAGGGUAGGAUGGACUAGAUGACUAUUUACAUAAUAUUGACAAAGACAACUACCUCAGUGGAAACAGGGAUAUGACUAUCUCUACCUUUUCUACAAUUUCUCAGCAGAUGUACACUUGUCUUAUAGAGAACAAACUGCCUUGUUAUAGCCACAGACUUACUAAGUAAAAGAAUAUGCCAAAUAAUCAAAAUGAUAUAGGGAGAGAUGUACAAAGAGGCAGGUAGUUUGAGAGGCAAUUUUUAUUUUAAUCUUCAAUGUUUGAAGAUUAACAAUCACCUCAUCCCACAAGCCCAAAGGCCAGAAAUUUGUGUUCCUCCCCUCUGCUGCACCCCUUCCACCCCACACAUUUGAAUGCUGCUGUCAGUUUUUCAUCCCAGCAGAGUCCUAGUAUGUAGGACUUGCCUCCCAACUUCCUUGGUGCUCACAGCUGCCCAUUUUCCUGGACAACCUUCUUCAGAUUCCAUCCCUCUUUCCUAUGAAUUUGACUCCCUGUCCUCUAGAAAUGUGACAUGAAAAUGCACUUUUCUGAAUUCUGAUACCA